AUGGAAAACGAGGAGGGAAUCUCUGUUCGGCCUAUGAGGCUAAAGGUCCUCUACACGUUCGAUAACGAAAGUAAAACCAACUGUCUUGCCAGGUGGCCGCAUAUUUUAGAUAUCCAAACUGCCUAUCUUGAUGAAACAACACAGGUUGGCGUGAUUGAGCUAAAAACUUGCAUUCAAACCAUUGUCUCGGCAAGCCCUGAAUUGGUUGCAAAGCUCGGGCGAGAUUACACGGUCUAUGCGUACGACUAUUCUGAAUAUGAAACUCCCCUAGUCGGUCAGGGAAUGCUUUCCUGGGUUUUGGCCUCCGCCUCACCAACGCCAAAUGCUCCCGCACACCAGUCCAAGACCAUUGUCACGGGACGAGUUUGCAAAAAUACUGGGUUAUUCGCUAGAGGUGCACAGGAGACCCUUGAGGUCAAGCUCCGUCUCGUCCCUGUACCACUGUUCUCCAGAGUGAAUAUCUUGAGAGUAUGCAAAAGUACCGCGAAUUAA